AUGCUAGGGAAAUGUCGUCAAAUCUAUUGCUCGAAGAAACGAAUAUUGGAUGCAUCCAAAAGAAAGUGUGACGUCAUAUUCCAGAGUGCUAAAGGAUUGGCAUACGAUCUGCAAAUUUCGUUAAAUAGCACCAAGCCUUACGACAUUGGUUCCAGCAUCAAUCAGUGGCUGACAGACACCGCGUACCAGAUUAAAGACGUAUUUGAGAGUAAACUGGAGACGUCUAUAAUAAAAUAUGACAUGUUCAGAGUACGUCUUUUUACGAAACAGAACGAAACGUUUUUGUAUCAACUAAUAUUUCGCACAAAAUUUAUUGUUCUGUCAGAAAUGUCUUUAGAAUCUUUAGAAAAACGGCUGAUAAGCGCGUCUAGAUCGGUAUGGGUCGUCAAAGUGAGACAGGUAGAAAUAGACUUGAUGUCUUCUCCAGUUUUAAUUGCAGAAGCAGAACCCGACGUCGGAAAGCGUAUUGUCAUGCACGAAGCGCGCAUAUUUAUACCGAUCAGGGUUCUACUUCCGUACGUUAAGAAGAAAACAUACGUAUAUUCCGUUGUAUCAAAAACUCUAGAAUGCCCGUUUGUUUAUGUCACUCAAUCCGAGUAUUACAUAGACAAAUCGAGGUUAAUAUUAUCCGCGUCUAACACCACCGUGGAACCGGAUCUGUUUGCGCUGCAAGAAAAUAACUCGGUCAUCAUCUGUUACGAGGUCAUUGCCUAUGUUCCACCGAGCAGCCAAUACGUGUCACCAUACGAUAUUUUUUCCACCGAGUUUAUCCUUGUUUCUUGGGUUUGUCAGUCUUUGUCUUUGUUUUGUUUGUUGGUUACCCUCUUGGUGUUUUGCCUGUUUUCCUCUUUGCGAACUUUACCUGGUAAAAAUACAAUGGGUCUAAUAUUGACGCUGAUUUGCGCACUGACCUUGCAGACGUUCGGAAUAGCGCGCGUAGAACUUAAUGUCGUCUGCCGAGCAAUCGGAAUAUGUUUUCACUUUUUUCUUCUUAGCUCUUUCACGUGGAUGUUGAUCUGCACGGUCCAUAUGUUCAGAGUUUUCAGGAAAAUGCUCAGCUCAAGGACAACUCGAUCAGACGAACAUCAACAGUUUUUGACGUACGUAUGUAUCAGUCUGUCAGUUCCAGCUUGCAUCGUUGUCAUAACAAUAAUGGUAAAUAUCAUAAUAACGAAGGGCAUUGAUUUGGGGUAUGGGAACGGUAUCUGUUAUAUUUCUAAUUUUUAUGGCGUCAUAGGAGGCCUGCUUGUCCCAGUGAUUUUCGUCAUGGUGGUUAACAUUGUCUUGUUCAUUUCAACCGUCAUGGCGCUCCGAGGAAUGACUUCUGACAAUAGCGAUCUCAUUGGCAAAAAGAGCUACCUUUCAGUGUACGUGAAGAUGUCCACCUUAACCGGUAUAAACUGGAUGUUUGCGUUUGUCGCGGCCGCCACCAACCUGGAGACCCUGUGGUAUAUAUUCACAAUAUUGUGCGGACUGCAAGGUGUAUAUAUAUUCGUAUCGUUUGUAUGUAAUAAAAGGGUUAUCAGACUGUUUAAGGAAUCCUGUGGGAUGAAGAAAGGACAAGGUAUGGGAACAUCUAACAAGACCAUGUCAUCUCCAAUGUCCCCACAAGACGGAAGCCAGUCUGAGGUUGUUGUUGCUUCUCUCGCCACGUCCAACUUAACCACAGAAUCGAAUUAUUUGAACAAUAUAAAUUUGUCAAGACUUUAA